AUGUCAUCAGGCUUAAGAAAAUCACAUUGUGUCAGAUGUGACAAAGAACGCGCAACAUCGAAAUGUACUGGUUGUUUACAAGAUUUCUGCUACACUCACUUUAUUCAACAUCAUCAGGAGCUAAACAAACAACUCGAAGAUGUCUAUAGUAACUAUAGUCUUUUCCGGCAAGCCCUUAAUUUUCAAAUUAGUCGAACAAAUAAUGAACUAUUGCUUCGUCAAAUUGAUCAAUGGGAAUACGACUCCAUUCGAUUAGUUCAACAAACAGCAAACGAAUGUCGACAAAUUCUAUCUCAACAUCCUUCGAAUGAUAUUCAUCAAAUCGACAUGCAUUUGGUAAGAUUAACGGAUCAAAUAGAAGCUAUGCGUCAUGAAGACGAUUUCAACGAAAUGGAUAUCAAUCAGUUCAAAGAGAAAUUAGAAGAGUCUAAGGAUAGAUUAGGCCAUUUAGUAGAGGAAUUAGAUCGAUCGUCAGUUGUAACUAUACAACAUACAUCAACGCCAUUAAUUAACAAGAUUCUUGUUACUGUUUCUUCUCAACAACCAUUACCGUCGAUUAAUAUCAAUAAUAAUAGUGUCUGGAAACGACAUGGAAUCAUGAUUGCAGGUGGUAAUGGCAGAGGGUCGAAAUUGAACCAACUAGCUUAUCCUCGUGGUAUCUAUGUGGAUGAUGACGAUCGAACGAUCUAUUUGGCUGAUCAUGAUAAUCAUCGUAUUGUUCGAUGGCGGUUUAAUGCGAUGAAUGGUGAAAUCGUGGCAGGGGGAAACGGACCUGGUAAAGCACUCAACCAAUUGGAUCGUCCAACAGAUGUUAUUGUCGAUAAAAAGAAUGAUUCUUUAAUUAUAUGUGAUCGUGGCAAUAGUCGUGUUGUACGCUGGUUUCAUCGGAGCGACAGAAGUCCUCAAGUAAUUAUACCGAACAUUUACUGCUCUCGUUUAACGAUCGAUGACAAUGGUAGUUUGUAUGUUUCGGAUGGCGAAAGGCAUGAAGUCAAACGAUGGAAAACAGGUGAAGCAGAGGGAACAGUUGUGGCUGGCGGAAAUGGAAAGGGAGAUUUUCCUAACCAACUCAACUCACCAACUGCACUCUUUGUCGAUCAAGAUCAUUCUGUCUAUGUUUCCGAUCACCAUAAUAAUCGCGUUAUGAAGUGGGUAGACGGAGCUAUGAAAGGCAUGCUCGUUGCAGGUGGCCAUGGUCAAGGUGACUCACGUUCAAAUUUAGAUCAUCCACAGGGUUUAGUUGUUGAUCGGUUCGGUAAUAUUUACAUAGCUGACAGUUGGAACCAUCGCAUAGUGCGUUGGGCGUACAAUGCGAAGAAGGGCGUAAUAAUCGUUGGUGGAAAUGGGCGUGGUGACAAUUCGGAUCAAUUUCAAUAUCCUGUUGGUCUAUCAUUUGAUCAAGAUGGUUCUCUCUAUGUUGUCGAUCAGAAUAAUAAUCGAGUGCAAAAAUUUACUCUUGACUAA